AUGGAACCAAACGCCAAUAUUUGUUCUAAUGAAGGGAAAGAUUUAGAGGAUGCUACAAUUUGGCAUUGUGAGUUGCUACAUGCAAAAUCCAAAGAAAUCUCACUUGAAGCAGUUUUACGAAUUUUGAGAUACGUGAAAAGUACGAUUGGCCAAGGUAUUCAGUACAAAAAAGGUGAAGAUUACAAGCUAGUUGGCUAUUAUGAUGCUGACUAUGCAUGUGACCUUGAUACCAGACGCUCAACUACAGGGUAUGUGUUUUUACUUGGAUCUGGAGCAAUUUCCCGGUGUAGCAAACGACAACCUAUAAUGUCUCUGUCAACUAAUGAAACAAAGUAUCGUGCAGCGACAAUGGUAGCUCAAGAGAGUACUUGGAUUUUGUAA